CGCGAGGACUGCCGGUCGGCGCCGCGAGGAGCUGGCUGAGGGAUUGGCUGCGGCACUCGCGUGUCAGGGGGUUGCUAGGCUCCGGCCGCGCGCCCCGCCCUCGCGCUCGGCGCCCUCUCACCGCCCGGUACGUGCUCGCGCGGAGGCUGCGGUGCGGCGCUCGCGCUCCUCGGGCUCGGCGGCAGCAGCAGUGGCGGCGGCUUCGCGCCGAGUCCCCGGGGUGCAGCGGCGGCGUCUAGCGACCGGGAAGAGCGAGCACCUGCCGCGGCCCGCCCACAGGCGCUCGGGCCUCUGCUCUCCAGGAAGAUAAAGCUUUUAAAGCAGCCUAGCACUAGAAGGUGAGGCUCUGGGUGCUCUGGGAUGGAGCAGGUGUGCAGAGGGUGAGGACCCAGUUCUGGGACCACGUCGCUUGCUUCCUCUCUUAGAGAGACUAUCGGCUUGAGCAGACUCGGGCCCAGGAUGAGGAUGUCUGUGGGCCUCUCGCUGCUGCUCCCUCUCUGGGGGAGGACCUUUCUCCUUCUGCUCUCCGUGGCUGUGACUCAGUCCCACUGGCCCAGUGAACCUUCGGAAGCCGUCAAGGACUGGGAGAACCAUCUCGAGGCGUCCAUGCACUCAGUGCUCUCAGACCUCCACGAGGCUGUUCCCACAGUGGUUGGCAUUCCUGAUGGCACGGCUAUUGUUGGACGCUCAUUUCGAGUGACCAUUCCAACAGAUUCAGUUGCCUCCAAUGGAGAUGUCAUCAAGGUAUCAGCAGCAGGGAAGGAGGCCUUGCCGUCCUGGCUGCACUGGGACCCACAGAGCCACACCCUGGAGGGCCUUCCCCUUGACACCGAUAAGGGUGUGCAUUAUAUUUCAGUGAUCGCUGCACGCCUGGGAGCCAACGGGAGCCACGUGCCCCAGACUUCCAGUGUGUUCUCCAUUGAGGUCUACCCUGAAGACCACAGUGAGCUACAGUCCAUGCGGGUGGCAUCAUCAGACCCUGGUGAGGCGGUGUCAUCUGUCUGUGCUGCUGAUGAGCCUGUGACUGUCCUGACAGUAAUUCUGGAUGCUGACCUUACCAAGAUGACCCCAAAGCAAAGGAUUGACCUUCUGCACAGGAUGCAGAGCUUCUCAGAAGUGGAGCUUCACAAUAUGAAGUUGGUGCCAGUGGUGAAUAACAGACUGUUUGAUAUGUCGGCCUUCAUGGCUGGCCCGGGAAAUGCAAAAAAGGUGGUAGAAAAUGGGGCCCUGCUCUCCUGGAAGCUGGGUUGCUCCCUGAACCAAAACAGUGUGCCUGACAUUCGUGGUGUGGAGGCCCCUGCCAGGGAGGGUGCUAUGUCUGCCCAGCUUGGCUACCCUGUGGUGGGUUGGCACAUUGCGAACAAGAAGCCACCUCUCCCCAAACGCAUCCGGAGGCAAAUUCAUGCGACACCCACACCUGUCACUGCUAUUGGGCCCCCAACCACGGCCAUCCAGGAGCCACCAUCCAGGAUUGUUCCUACCCCCACAUCUCCAGCCAUUGCUCCUCCAACAGAGACCAUGGCUCCUCCAGUCAGGGAUCCUGUUCCUGGGAAGCCCACAGUCACCAUUCGGACUCGUGGUGCCAUUAUUCAGACCCCAACCCUAGGCCCCAUCCAGCCCACUCGGGUGUUAGAAGCCGGCACCACAGUUCCUGGCCAGAUCCGCCCAACUGUGACCAUUCCGGGCUAUGUGGAGCCCACGGCUGUUGCUACCCCUCCCACGACUACCACCAAGAAGCCACGAGUAUCCACACCAAAACCAGCCACGCCUUCUACUGACUCCUCAACCACAACUCGAAGGCCAACUAAGAAGCCACGGACACCCCGACCGGUGCCCCGGGUCACCACCAAAGCUCCCAUCACCAGAUUGGAAACCGCCUCCCCACCUACUCGCAUCCGCACCACCACCAGUGGGAUGCCCCGUGGAGGAGAACCCAACCAGCGCCCAGAGCUCAAGAACCACAUCGACAGGGUAGAUGCCUGGGUUGGCACCUACUUUGAGGUGAAGAUCCCAUCAGACACCUUCUAUGACAAUGAGGACACCACUACUGAUAAGCUGAAGCUGACCCUGAAGCUUCGGGAGCAGCAGUUGGUAGGCGAGAAGUCUUGGGUACAGUUCAACAGCAACAGCCAGCUCAUGUAUGGCCUGCCCGACAGCAGUCACGUGGGCAAGCACGAAUAUUUCAUGCACGCCACAGACAAAGGGGGUCUAUCAGCUGUGGAUGCCUUCGAGAUCCAUGUCCAUAAGCGUCCUCAAGGGGACAGGGCUCCUGCGCGGUUCAAGGCCAAGUUUGUGGGUGACCCAGCAGCAGUGGUGAAUGACAUCCACAAGAAGAUUGCCCUGGUGAAGAAACUGGCCUUCGCCUUUGGGGACCGCAACUGCAGCACCAUCACUCUGCAGAAUAUCACCCGUGGCUCCAUCGUGGUAGAAUGGACCAACAACACCCUACCCCUGGAGCCCUGCCCCAAGGAGCAGAUCACAGGGCUGAGCCGGAGAAUUGCUGAGGAUGAUGGCAGACCUCGGGCUGCCUUCUCCAAUGCUUUGGAGCCCGACUUCAAGGCCAUGAGCAUUGCUGUGACAGGCUCUGGCAGCUGCCGUCAUCUACAGUUUGUCCCUGUAGCGCCACCCAGGAGGGUGCCCUCAGAGGCUCCACCCACAGAAGUGCCAGACAGGGACCCUGAGAAGAGCAGCGAGGACGAUGUCUACCUGCACACGGUUAUUCCGGCCGUGGUGGUUGCAGCCAUCCUGCUCAUCGCCGGCAUCAUUGCCAUGAUCUGCUAUCGCAAGAAGCGGAAGGGCAAGCUCACCCUCGAGGACCAGGCCACCUUCAUCAAGAAGGGGGUGCCUAUCAUCUUUGCAGAUGAGCUGGAUGACUCAAAGCCCCCACCCUCCUCCAGCAUGCCACUUAUCCUGCAGGAGGAAAAAGCUCCCCUCCCCCCUCCUGAGUACCCCAACCAGAGUGUGCCCGAGACCACUCCUCUGAACCAGGACACUGUGGGAGAGUACACGCCCCUGCGGGAUGAGGAUCCCAAUGCGCCUCCCUACCAGCCCCCGCCACCCUUCACAGCCCCCAUGGAGGGCAAGGGCUCCCGUCCCAAGAACAUGACCCCAUACCGGUCACCCCCUCCCUAUGUCCCCCCUUAACCCACAAGCGCCUGGGUGGAGGCAGGGGUAGGGCAGGGCCCUGGAGACAACGUGGAGUUGUCUGUGGAGACCGGUGGCCUGCAGACCAUCGCCCACUGGGAGCCGACACCUGACCUAGCACACACUGACACACAUGGGGCCUGGACAAGCCUGCCCUCUCUGGUCCUCCUAAACCCCAAAGCAGCUGGAGAGACUUUGGGGACAGUUCUACUUUUUUUUUUUUUUUUUUUUG